AUGGCCAAGGCACGCUACAAAGACGAGCUGCGCUUUGUCAUCAACCUCACAAAAACCACCCGCUAUUACGAAGCCGAGGAGUUUGGCAACGAUGUCCAUACGCAGCAGAUCCAAUGUGCUGGUCACGGCGAGCGACCAACCCCAGAGCAGGUCAAGGUCUUUAUUCACGUAUGCAAGACCUUUUGGCAAAAGCAGCCAGGUUGCACGAUUGGCGUGCAUUGCACCCACGGCUUUAACCGUACUGGCUUUAUGAUCUGCUGCUACCUCAUUGAAGAGAUGGAUUGUGCCGUGGAAGAUGCGCUCCAACUCUUUGCCAAAAGCCGAGAUCCCGGCAUCUACAAACCCGAUUAUGUCGAAGAUUUGCUCCAACGCUAUCACGGCGACGCUCCUGAGCUGAUUCCCCGCACCAGACCUGCUUGGUGUGCGCCCAACGGCCCGGCGCGGGCAGCCUUGCAGGAUGCCAUCGAUGCUCUACAUCUCAAAAACGCAGCUGACAUCACCCCCGAAGUUGUUCAAGCCGUCAACGAGGGCUGUUUGCGUGCCCUUGAAGAAAACAAAAUUUCCGAAGAGCCCCUCCCCCUCGAGCCGGCCCUGGAGAAGCUGAAUUUCGCCGACAGCUUUGUCAAAAUUUCCGAUCCACAAACCGUGGUCGAGGCCCUCAAGCAAGUGUUGGCCGAUGCGCCAGCUGCAGAAUCCCCCUCGGCCGCCGAACCACCGGACCAUACGGCCUCCAACGAUGAGUCCGAGCAAGCGCUUCCAUCCCCCUGCCAAUUUAGUCUGAGUGCAGUGGCUACCACCGUGGUUUCUGCACCACACUUGGGACCCCUGCGUCGCAAAGUGCGCACCUUGGUGGGGGCCCAAGAAGGCACCGCUUUCCCCGGCUCUCAACCUGUUUCCCUCAACAGAGACAGCCUGUUGGACCUGUCAAGAGCAGACUACAUGAUCAGCUGGAAAUCAGACGGCACCCGAUAUCUCAUGCUACUUGCAGACCAAAAGGUCUAUUUCGUAGGCCGUGACAACAACUACUUUUGUGUUGCAGGCAAAGUCCGGUUCCCUAACCAGGAUCUCAAAUCGGUGCACCAAAAUACACUGUUGGAUGGCGAGAUGGUGUACGAUUGCUGGAAGGAUCCCGCAACUAAGAAAAAGCAGUACAGGGCCAGAUUUUACAUCUUUGACAUGAUCGCCUGCAACGGCGAAUCUUUUCGGCACAAGCCUUAUAAUGAGCGCCUGGAAGCCGUGCAAACUCACAUCCUCAACCCACGUCUCAAGCAAAGCACGUGGCCCGGCUACAAGGAAAAAUAUGCCCAAGAGCCGUUCAGUGUUCGCCUCAAACCCUUUUUGCCACUGGCUGACUUUCAAUCUGAUCAAUGGCGCAAAAUGCGCUCUCAAGUCCAACACAAGGACGAUGGCUUGCUGCUCGUGCGUGUGGCACAUGAGUACAAGGCCGGCUCGUGCAAGGCCUUGCUUAAAUGGAAGCCGGCACACCUGAACACGAUCGAUUUUCGCCUCAAGGUGGAAGAUAUCGGAGACCGCACCGUCGGCACGCUCUAUGUGCAAGAUGUCAGGGGCCGCGGUUCUGAGCGGCCUGAGGUCAAGUUUACAGGCAUGGGCAGUCCGGAGCUGAAUACCUUUGUGCCGCAAGAGCGACAGCAGCUUUGGGCAUACGAUGGCAAGAUUGUCGAAUGCAACUGGCUCUCUGACCUCAACCGCUGGAACAUCUUGUUGGAGCGCAAGGACAAGACACACCCAAAUGCCUUUCACACAGCCAUCAACGUCGUGGGCUCUAUCCGUGAUGGAAUCGAGCUCAGAGAGUUGGAGGAUGUGGCAGACCGCAAGCGACAGGAGCGCGCCAAGCGAGGCCACGUACAGGUGCACCAUCAGCAAGCUGGCAUGCCAGCCAAGCGCAGCAAGCCUGAUGGCAGUGCAUGA